AUGACCAAUAACCCACCACCAAUCCCUUAUUCCAUGUCUUCCUUAUCUCCCACUAGUAAACUUGAUUCUAGAAAGGAAUCCCUUCCAACAACCUCUUCGGUUCAAUGGUCACAUGUUGGUCAUCAUCGUACAAGUAUUCCACCUGAAGCAACCUUUGAUGAAGAGAAUAUCUCGAUUAAACAAGAAAUUCUAGCACUGAUUACACAAUAUCUUCAACAAGAAGGAUUUGCAAUCUCUAGUGCGACAAUUCAAGAUGAAGCAAACGUUAAGCGACAAAAACGAAUGACUGAACGUGAUGCCCUACGACGUCUGAGUGUGUCCAUCCUGGAAGGAGAUUGGGACCUUGUGGUGAAGUUACUAGAUAAACAUUUGAAAACGUUUCAUGUGUCUCAUCAGGGGUUUCUCUAUGCUGUAUGUAAACAAGAAUAUCUAGAACUAAUUGAUCGACAAGAGUAUCAAAAAGCUUUUACGUUUCUAACGGCACAUUUGAAACCAUUAGAAAAAGUCGCAAUUGCUUCGAAUUCAAGUCGUCAGGAAUUUAAAGAACUUUGUUACUUACUCACGUGUAAAGCAGUUGGAGAAUCCAAUGCUUUUCGAGAUUGGGAAGGUGUGGUGAGAUCAAGAGAAAAACUAGUUGAACAGUUGAAAGCAACAUUUGCAUUAGAAGAGGUGAUUUUACCACAACAGGAUGGAGAUACAGCCAGCAUGACAACAACAACAACAACACUACCACCACCCAUGGCAAUGCCCGAUCAUCGCCUUGUACAGUUACUACAUCAAAGUGUAGCUUAUCAGAUGGAAUUCAGUCGGUAUCAUCCGAAAACAAUUCCCAAGGUUUCGACACUCUUGAGAGAUUUCGAAUGCGAAGUACUACCGAAUGCUGUAAAAAGCACGUAUGUUGGCCACUCGCAAAAUGUAAAGUUUGUCACGUUUGUGGGAACGGAUGGCGAACUUCUGGCUUCAGGCUCCAGUGAUGCUACGAUAAAACUUUGGCCAACCGAAUUCUUGGAAGCGCAUCAACAGAGCAAAGACGAAGAAAUCGACAAGCCCGCGGGCACUGUUUGUCGACAAUGGAGCAGAGAUUUGCUUGGUCACUCGUCUAGGAUUUGGUAUCUUACGGCGAGUGCAUCUGGAGAGCGUCUGUAUUCAGGUUCGGGUGAUGGUACUGUGAAAGUAUGGGACUUGCGAGCUGCGCUAGCGGAGCUUAUUGCUGCUCAACAGGCUCAAAGUGACUCAAACGAUAUUCUGAAUGACCAGCGCGUAGACAAAAUUAUGCAGUCUACUGUUGAAGCUGCUGCAGCUGCUGCGACCUCAGAAGGCACGUUUGCGAUUGCUGCUGCCUCGAAACUGCCUCACAACUAUUCGGUGACAUCAGCCGAAUGUCUGGCAACACUCACGAGUCCAAACGGUGGAGAUGUAUACACAGUAAACUUGCAUCCCAGCGAGACACACUUGGUGACUGGUGGCUACGAUCAGUGCGUGCGUUUGUGGGACAUUGCCACCGGCGCGGCGGUGAAGACAUUCCGUGGUCACUUUGCAUCUGUUUGCGAUGUCCAGUUUAACAGGCAUGCCAAUUUUGUCGUGAGCGCAUCAAAAGAUGGUUCAAUUCGAUUGUGGGAUAUCCUGAGUGGGCUAUGUGUCCACACUUUGCGCCAGACGCUAGGCGAGGUCACCUCUAUCUCAAUGGCUUCCAACGGCUAUACGUUGCUGAGCGGCUCACGCAAUAACAGCAAUCGUCUGUGGGACUUACGUAUGCUUCACACUCCACGUGCUCACUUGACGACAGGACUAAGUAGUGGGACAUCUAUCGGCGGUUCUAGCGGAUCACUUAGCAAUGGCUCGAUGGGGGGGAAUGGAGCUAUUGGCAACGGAUACGGGUCAGGUUACUCUGCAGUCAACGGCGCUGGUAUCUCAGGAACUGCUGCUAUAGGAAGCAUUGGUAACCUAAGCGCAAGCGGAAAUAUUAACGCCGGAAGCAAUACUUUUUUGGGAAAUCGCCACGCAGAGCAACGACCGCUUCAGCGCUUUAAGGGCCACCAAAAUACUGCGAAAAACAUUGUACGCGCAUCGUUUGGUCCGCGUGAAAGUUUCGUAUUGGGUGGGUCCGAGGACGGCUAUGUUUAUGUUUGGGAAGUGGCUACCGGUAAGUUGCUGGAGCGGCUCGCAGGCCACCGCGGCGUGACCUAUAACGCCCAAUGGCACGAAAAGCAAUCACUGCUUGCUUCCAGCUCUCAUGACGGCACAGUAAAAACAUGGUGGUGGGAAGACAAAAGUAGCCAGCUGUAA